UCUCUGGCUGAGGAGCAAGCCUGCACGCACAGAGGCGAUCUCGAGGAUGCCCAGCUGAUAAAGAAAGGAGACAUAAUGUUGGGAGGAGUCUUCUCCUUCCACAGCAGCUGGAGGAACAGCCAAGAUAACUAUGAACAAAAACCUCAGCAGCUGCAAUGCACCAGAGACUUCCAGUUUGCUCAAGCCAUGCUUUUUGCCAUUGAAGAAAUUAACAACAGUUCAGAUCUACUGCCGGGAUUAACUCUGGGUUAUAAAAUGUACGAUGCCUGUGGUUUCAUUGCCAGAAGUGUAAAGGUUUCCCUGGCCUUGCUCAACGGUAAUGAAAUUCAGGCUUUACCUGCAGAGCCAUGUACAAGACCUGCACAGGUGCAGGUGAUAAUGGGAGAAACGUCUUCCUCUCCUAGUGCAGCCAUUGCCACUGCUGUUGGACCCUUUCACAUCCCAAUGAUCAGCCAUUUUUCCACGUGUGCUUGCCUCAGUGAUAAAACCAAGUACCCAUCAUUUCUCAGAACAAUACCCAGUGACUAUUACCAGAGCAGAGCCCUGGCCCAUUUGGUCAAACACUUUGGAUGGACUUGGAUCGGAGCUGUUAGAUCCAAUGAUGACUAUGGAAACAACGGCAUGGCGACGUUCACUGAAACUGCAGAGGAGCUGGGCAUUUGUCUUGAAUAUUCUGUAUCAUUCUUUAGAACUGACCCAUCUGAUAAAAUACAUAAGAUUAUUGAGGUUAUUAAGUCAUCCAACUCAAAGGUCGUCAUUGCCUUCCUCUCCCACAUGGACCUAGAUGUGUUGUUAAAUGAGUUUUCUUUGAACAAUUUGACUGGCUACCAGUGGGUGGGAACCGAAGGCUGGAUGUUUGAUUCUCAGAUUGCCGCAAUGGAUAAAAAUCGCAUUCUGGAUGGAGCUAUAGGCCUUUCCAUCCCCAAAGCGCACGUCAGUGGACUCAGAGAGUUCAUGUUUAACGUUAAGCCGCUGAAUUCAUCAAAUAGUGAGUUAUUUACACGGCUUUGGGAGGCGUUGUUCAGCUGUAAGUUCAAGCAAUCAAACUCUGGGGAGAUUCAGAAGGAGUGCACCGGAGAGGAAGAUCUAACUGGAGUAGAAAACAGCUUCACUGAUAUGUCACUCAUGCCAAUAUUUUACAAUGUCUACAAAGGGGUUUAUGCAGUGGCUCAUGCUCUGCAUGAAAUACUCAACUGCAAUAAAACAUGUGACAUCAAUGUACAGCUAGGUCCAUUGACAAUUUUACAGCACAUACAAAGGAUUCGCUUUAAAACAAAGGAAGGAGACGAGGUUUACUUUAAUGAGAACGGAGAUCCGCCAGCAAAAUAUGAGAUUAUAAACUGGCAGCGGGGUGAAAAUGGCAUCUUGAACUUUGCGGCUGUUGGUCUUUACGAUGCAUCAUUGCCAGCCGAUAAACAGCUAAAUGUGAAAAUUGGGUCAAUAGUUUGGGCUAAAAACUCACUCCAGUUGCCAGUUUCAGUUUGCAGUGAGAAGUGUCCCCCAGGAACACAAAAAGUCCUCCAGAAAGGACGACCUGUUUGCUGUUUUGACUGUAUAAGAUGUGCAGAAGGAGAAAUAAGCAACAGCACAGAUUCUGUCACCUGUGUGAGAUGCCCUCUUGAAUCUUGGUCAAAUGAAGAUCGAACUGCCUGCAUAAAGAAGAAGGCUGAGUUUCUUUCAUAUAAAGAAAUUAUGGGAUCAUUGCUCACUGCGGCUUCUUUGUUUGGAACAUGCAUGACUGUCGUCGUCGCAGUCAUUUUUGUCACAUACAGGAACACGCCUCUUGUCAGGGCAAACAACUCUGAGCUGAGCUUCCUGCUCCUUUUCUCCUUAAAGCUGUGUUUCCUCUGCUCUCUGACGUUCAUUGGCCAGCCCUCUGACUGGUCCUGCAUGCUGCGGCACACGGCGUUCGGCAUCGCCUUCGUCCUCUGCAUCUCCUGUGUUCUUGGAAAAACCAUAGUGGUGUUAAUGGCGUUUAAAGCCACACUUCCAGGAAGAAACGUGAUGAAAUGGUUUGGGCCUACGCAGCAGAGAGUCAGUGUUCUUGGGUUUACUCUUAUACAAGUGAUAAUCUGCAUCCUCUGGUUAAGCAUCUCUCCACCUUUUCCAUCCAAGAAUUUUAAAGAAUUUAAAGACAAAAUCAUCUUGGAGUGUGCUCUGGGUUCAGCUGUGGGCUUCUGGGCUGUGCUUGGGUAUAUUGGACUUCUCGCUAUGUUGUGUUUUAUUUGUGCUUUUUUGGCUCGUAAAUUGCCCGAUAAUUUCAACGAAGCCAAAUUCAUCACCUUCAGCAUGCUGAUAUUCUGCGCUGUCUGGAUCACUUUCAUCCCAGCGUACGUCAGCUCUCCUGGGAAGUUCAGUGUGGCUGUAGAAAUCUUUGCUAUCCUGGCCUCCAGUUUUGGAUUAUUAUUUUGUAUCUUUAUUCCAAAAUGCUACAUCAUGGUGAUGAAACCAGAGAAAAACACCAAAAAGAACAUGAUAGGAAAGGGUGCCCCAAAAUAA